UGAUCUAUCUACAAAUUCUACAUUUUUAUAUUGAAGAUUACAAUUAACUUUAUUAAACUUUUCAAUUAAGCUAAAACAAAAUAUAAUCAUUAAUCAUAAAAAAAACACUUUAUAAAGCAAAAAGCAUGGCUGAAGUUGCAGAAGAAAACCAAAAUCAUGAUAAAAGUCAAUAUUCUGAAUCAGUGGUUCUUAAUCAAGACUUUGCUGAUCUUAAUACUUUAGAUCAAGAUUUUCUCAGUCAAAGUCAAGUCUCGAAUUCUCAAAUGAAUACACGAGCAACCUCAUUUAUGGAUGCAGUUGAAAUAUCACCAAGAUCAAAGAAUAUAAAUUUGAAUGAUUCAAGAAGCAUGCAAGCAAAAUUAAGAGACAGAUUAUAUGAUAAACCAGAAAAUUCAGGUGUUAUACAGUUUGUAAAGUUACAGUCUUUAAAAAAAAAUGCAACUCCAAGAAGUGGCAGUGUUGUUCAACCUUAUAGCCUGCAGAACAAAAAAAACAUCUUGGAGCCUUUGAGUACAACUAUUCCUAAAAAAAUGAGUCCCUCAUCAAGUGAUGAAAAGCUCUCUGGUGAAACAAUUUUGAAGGACAAGUAUCUGCUCUUAACUAGAAAACGAUCAAAGCAAUUGGAGCCUCUUGAUAUUUCACCAGAUUUAAAUAGCAGCAUUUCUGUACAGGAUAUCACUGCUAAAGGUGACCAAUCAAACAAUAAAGUUAGUAAAGAUUCAGGAAUAGAAAUAGACAAGCCAUCAAGGAGUGAAUCAAAAAGUCCAACUAGAAAAUUGGAUCCAGUGAAUAAUGUUCAUAAGCAGCAAAUUGAAGGUUCAAUAGAAAUAAAAAAGAAUACAGAAAAUAGUUCAGGAAUAACACGAGCAAUUUCUUUGACACCUAGAACAAAUAGACAAAAACAGGUAAUACUGUACAGUCCAAGGCAAUAUAACUCUGAUGUCCCAGUAGAAAGAUCAAAGAGUGCAAGUGUAGCAAUGAGGAGAUCAAAAGAUAAUUAUGAAACAAACAUUAAGUCCUUAUCAACCUCUCAUGUUUCAUCCAAACCUGAUCCAAAUAAAGUAUUGACUUAUCUGAAGACUAACAAAUAUGAUGAUAGUGUGCCUGAUGUAACAGAUGGCUUUAACAAGUUGAUUGAGAUGAGAAGACUGUUGGGAUGGGUGACUGAAAUACCUAGACACGGACCUGGCGUAAAGAAGAAAAUGGAAAGCUUAAAAGAUUUUGAUGAUGAGGAAAAGAAUUGUGCAAACAUUGUGAAAGAAGACACUGGAAAGUUUUAUUACUGCUUGCCUCAUAACAGCAGCAAUCUUAGAGCUAGAUAUGAUCCAUAUGAUCUUGAGGUGGUGUCAGCUAAUACAGCAAGGUCACAAAGAAUGUAUUUUACCAUCAGUGCCUCCUAUGUGUCUAUGUGCUAUGAAACUGAUGAGAAAAUGAACGAGUCCAAUGCUACACCUGCCCUAUGGUGGAUUUGGGAACGACGAUUAUUUAAGAUGAUUUUCCACAUUCCUGUUUUUGUAAAAUUCAGAUUGUGGAAAGCUUUUAAAAACUGGAAAAAAACAAUACUUAGACAAAAGAACAAAGGUCAAAAAGACAAACUCUGCAAAUCUUUAUUCAUAGCUAAUGAGGUGCUUCAGGGAUGUCUCAUACAUGUAAGGAGCAUUUGUGAGAGUACUAAAGAUGUCCUGAAAGAUGGUUCUUCUAGCUCUCUUAUCUCCCUUAUUGAGCUUGAUCCAGGAGCAACGCUAAAUCUUGAGGAGUUUGAGCUUCGCCAGAAGAAUAGAUGUGACAGGGCCUUGCUACAGUUGAACAGGCUCAGAGAACAAAUCAUAGAGAUUGUAUGGGAAGCGUGUGCAACUGUUGCUGAAAUGGAAGGUGUGGCUCAAGGGAUCAGAGAUGAUUCUGGCAAAAAACUAAACAACAAAGUUAACCUUACUGCUUAUUUAGACAGAGGAACAACAAAGAAUAUGCUAGUGAAAAAAUUAGAUCAGAAAAAAGCUAAGCCUUUGUAUGCUGAGAUUGCUGAGUGGCGUAAGAUCCUGGCAAGACUGUCAUGUUUCCUUAGAUGUAUAGAUUACUUGCUUCAAGAUUUGUUGCGACACUUAGUUUUCUCUGCUGCUCAGAAUCUUCUAGAUCAUAUGGCUGAUUCUUAUAAGUCGUAUGAUUUAAGAGACUUUGAAGCUGUAGAGGAAGAAGAAAGUUCUAUCAGAUCAACAAGUUCUAGAAUUCUCUCAUCAAGAGCCUAUACACCAAUGACAAGAUUCCAGCACAAAGUAAUAGAAGAACCCACAGCUGAGAGUCCUGAAGCUUAUAUUAUUCCCAAAUAUGAUUUUAAUAAGAUAGAAGUAGUUCAAGGUCCACCAGAUAUUGAUGAGGUUCUGGAAGAAAUAAGACGUAGGGAUAUUGUGGAGGAGGUCAUCAGUCCUGUCUUUACUGUCAAACUAGUUUUAAAUGUGCCUACUCUUACUAGCAACCAAUCUCAAGAUGGUACAGCCAAAAGAAACUCUAAAGUGAAAUGGUCCCUAAAAGGAGAAAAAACACAUGAACAUAAAGGGAUAACCAGAGAAAACAGCACUGAAUCAGAUUCAGAAACUGAGAGUGACUAUGAAUCAGAGGAAUCAGAAAUAGAUGAAGAUGAUAAUGUCCAUAAUAAAACAGAUGCAAAACUUGAUCCAUAUGCAUACCCUAACAAAGAAAAGGACACCAAGACUUUUGUGAGCUUAUCCCCCAGUUCUGCUGAAUUUAAUGCCUGCAUCAGGUCUAUGAUUUGUUACUUUGAGGAUACAGUUGUUAAAGUAACUCCAAUGCUCAGAGAGCCCAAACUGGCUGUAUUCUACUCUCCUCCCAAACAUGACCUUAAGCUUAACUGUGAUGAAGAGGAAAUGGAAGAAAAACAAGAAGUUAUGCAGGAAUGGCCCAACCUUGACCUUGUGCUCAGAGAAGAUCCAGCCUAUCAAAAAAUAUUAACUGGGAUGUUUAAAUAUGUAGAAAUGGAAAUGCAGUUGCUUGAGCAAUUUAUUUCAAACUAUAGUGGAUUUUGUCAAAUGGUGGAUAAAUCAAGAAAAGUAAAUGUGGAAGAAUCAAUAGCUAAGAAUCCAUGGACAUCAGAGGAUUUUAACCAUAUACUUGGAGUUCAUUUAGAAAUGAUUCGGCGUAUGAAUAAAAUGGUGACAUCCAGAAGAGUAGCCAUGAUCCAGGUGGAAGGGGUUGACUUCAGAGAUGCCUGUCUGCCUUAUCCCCAGGCAGUGGUGGAUGCUACCAACAAAUGCCUACCAAUCAUAGCCAACAAACAUAAUGAUGAUCUGAUGACAAUCAUUAAGGGAGCCUCUAAGAGGCUAGACAAAACAAUUUUGACUGUUGAAGAGUUCGUGGAGCAUCUCUCUUUUCUGGGUCGCAUGUCAACAGAGUUACCUGCACUAGAUAAAGAAUAUGAUGUUGUCAAUAAAUUAUUUACUGUUGCUAAAUCUUACAAAGUUACUAUCAAAGCUGAAGAAAUGGCUCUGUACCAGACACUGUCUCCAAGUUUUCAACACUUAAAAAAUACUAUCUUGUACUGUGAGGCCAAAAAAGAUGACAACAUAAGAAAAUUUUCAUCUCAACUUGACAGUCUUAUUGGCAAUAUCAAGACCUCCUUAAUGGAUUUAAAAAUACGUGUCCAAGACCCAGAACUCCUGCAUGUUGACACGCAUCCCCUUUCGGCUUUGGAAACUACUCGACUUCUUCAAGAGGAAGUGCAUAUUUUGUCUAUAAAAGCAAGGAGCUAUGCCAGCUACCAAGAGAGAUUUGGAUCUUCUUUGUCAAAACAAAGAAAAAGUUAUUAUGGAGAACUUCAAGGCUUAGAAAGACGAUCAGAUAACAGUAUUCAAGAAAUUCAGGCAGACUUGAGUGAAAUUGAAAGAGACUUAACUCUGAGGACAUUACUGUGGCAGUCAUUAGAAGAAUGGGCAAAACUAGUGGAGGAAUGGAUGGAAACCCCAUUUGAUUCUAUCAACGUUGAAGGGCUGCAAAAAAAUGUGAACAAGUUUACUCAAACACUUUACAUGCUAGAAAAAGGACUGCCACAUAAUCAAGUUGUUCCAAAACUUAAGGAAAAAGUGUUAGACUUCAAACAGGGCAUGCCUGUGAUCAUUGCUCUGAGAAAUCCAUCUCUUAAGCCUCGCCACUGGGAGGAAAUACAAAAAGUGAUUAACAAAUCCAUUAGUCAUGAUAAAAAUUUUACACUUGGAAAUUUGAUAGAAAUGAAUAUCUUUAAGCAUAAAGAUAAGAUCCAGGAGAUUUCUACCACAGCAAGCAAUGAAGCUACUCUGGAGCUAAUGUUACACAAGGUGAUUGACCUUUGGCUUUCAACUGAUUUCCGUCUGGUACCACAUGCUGGACGAGACACUCUGGUCAUUUAUGGUGUAGAGGAUAUAAUGGCUCAGCUGGAAGAGAGUCAGGUGACUGUUGGAACCAUUAGAGGUUCCAGAUAUAUUGGACCUAUUAAGGCUGAAGUGGAAGAAUGGGAACGUAAACUUCAAGUGUUUUCUAGAACAUUAGAUGAAUGGUUGACUUGUCAAAGAAAUUGGCUUUAUUUAGAACAAAUAUUUAGCACUCAAGAUAUUCAAAGACAACUCCCUGCAGAAUAUAAGCUGUUUAUGACUGUAGAUAAAGCUUGGAAAGACAUCAUGCGUAGGACAGAAGACAGACCUAAUGCUCUCAAGUCUGCCAUUACUCCAGGAACUCUAGACACAUUACAGAUGUGCAAUGCCAACUUAGAGAAAGUCCAGAGAUGUUUGGAGGAUUACCUUGAGACCAAACGGUUCAUUUUUCCAAGGUUUUACUUCCUUAGUAAUGAUGAGCUGUUGGAUAUUCUUGCACAAUCUAAAGAUCCUAAUGCUGUUCAGCCUCAUCUUGGAAAAUGUUUUGGUAACAUCAAACAGUUGGACAUUGCUUUCUUGCCACGGCAGCCUCCAACUGUUAAAUCAAUUAUUUCAUUUGAGAAAGAAACUAUUACUAUGCCAAGAAAUGUGAGAGUUAGAGGAGCUGUAGAGCAGUGGCUGUUGACUGUUGAAGCUGGCAUGUUUGAAACUGUUAAAAAACAUUUAAAAAUUGGGUUAGCAGACUGGCAAAUGACCAAUUUAAAAGAAUGGGUUUUGAAACAUCCUGGCCAAGUGGUUCUCACAGUUAUGCAGGUCAUGUUCAACAAAGAUGUGACCAAGUCAUUUGACUCCCAUCACACCAAGUCAGCCUUGAAACAAACACUGGACUCCAUAGUGGAGCUGUUGAAUCAGCUAGCCAGCUUUACCUAUGCCAGACUCCAGGGCUACCAGAGACUGAGUAUAGAAGCCUUGCUGACCAUAACUGUCCACAACAGAGACAUUGUCAUUGAAAUGCUGAAAAAUAAAGUCAAAAGAAAGGAAGACUUUGAGUGGAAGAGGCAACUGCGUUAUGAAUGGGAUGAAACAUCAAACAAUUGUCUGGUUCUGCAGAGCAAUGCCAACUUUCAGUAUGGCUAUGAGUAUUUGGGAUGCUCCAACAGGCUUGUCAUUACUCCACUGACUGACAGAUGCUACCUGACACUGACUGGUGCAUUGCAUUUACACCUAGGUGGCUCUCCUGCAGGACCAGCUGGCACUGGAAAAACUGAAACUGUAAAAGAUUUGGCAAAGGCUAUGGGGAAACAGUGUGUGGUUUUCAACUGUUCUGAAGGAUUAGAUUACAAGAUGCUGGGCAAGUUUUUCUCUGGCUUAGCUCAGUCAGGCUCAUGGUGCUGUUUUGAUGAAUUCAAUCGUAUUGAUGUGGAAGUGUUAUCUGUUGUAGCUAUGCAGAUUCACACCAUCAAAUCUGCCAAAGAUUCUCAGCUGCCAAGAUUUAUGUUUGAAGGUCGUGACAUAAAGCUGAACCCAACCUGUGGAUAUUUUAUAACAAUGAACCCUACCUAUGCAGGUCGUGUUGAGCUUCCAGAUAACUUAAAAUAUUUAUUUAGACCAGUGGCCAUGAUGGUGCCAGACUAUACACUGAUUGCUGAAAUCAUCUUAUUCUCUGAAGGAUUUACUGCAGCUAAAUCAUUGUCUCAAAAAAUUGUUAACCUUUACCAAUUGGCAAGUAAACAGCUUUCUCAACAAGACCAUUAUGACUUUGGUAUGAGAACUAUCAAGUCAGUUCUGGUCAUGGCUGGCCAUGGAAGGAGACAAGUUUUAUUGAGAGAUCAAGCAAAUGGAGAGAAAAUAACAGAAAACGAGGAGUCUUACAUUCUCAUCCACUCACUGAGAGAUGCCAACAUGCCCAAAUUUUUAGCAGAAGAUGUGCCACUAUUUGAAAGUAUUCUAGAUGAUCUCUUCCCAGGAGUUACACCCCCUGCUCAAGAUACAGGUGUUUUAGAGAAAUCCAUCAAUAUGUCCAUCAGAGAAAUGAACUUGCAGCUCUGGCCAAACCAAAUAGAAAAAGUCAAACAACUCUACAGUCAAAUCUUGGUGCGUCAGGGUGUUAUGUUGGUGGGCCCCACUGGUGGUGGAAAAACUUCAGUCAGGAUGAUUCUACAGAAGGCUCUGAUCCUGUUACCAAUGCUACAACCUCAAGCCUCUGACCCCAGCACCAGAGACAUCAAUACCAAGAGACAAAGUGUGUUUUAUGCAAGUAAAGGAAAGAAAGGUCAUGUUGAAACAUUUACUAUCAACCCAAAAUGUGUGACACUUGGUGAACUCUAUGGUGAGACUGACCCCAACACUUUUGAAUGGUCUGAUGGGCUUAUUGCCAAUGCUACUCGCAGAUUCUCAAAAGAGCUUUCAUUGACCUCCACUACACCUGUAAUGGAUGAUGAGCCAAAGAACUCCAGAGAGGCCUCAGCUGGCAGUGCUAGUUCUUCUUCAAACAACAAAACCCAUGGUGCAUCUAAAUCAGCUAAUGCUCAGAAACAGCCAGUGAUUGAAGAAGAAAUGAAUGAUGAAGAUGAAGGCAAGGAAGAAAGUUAUAUCACAGACUGGAGAUGGUUGAUUCUUGAUGGUCCUGUUGAUACACUGUGGGUAGAAAAUCUCAAUACAGUACUAGAUGAUUCAAAGGUACUUUGCUUAGCAAGUGGUGAGAGAAUUUCUUUAACUCCUGGCAUGAGACUGCUUUUUGAAGUUGACAAUCUGUCUCGAGCCAGUCCUGCUACAGUCAGCAGAUGUGCAAUGGUUUACAUGGAUCCUGUGGACUUGGGCUGGAGACCUUAUGUUAAAACCUGGCUCAACCGACUUUCCAGAGAUUUCCCAGAGUCUGGAAAACAUUUUCUUCAAUCUCUGUUUGAGUCAAGCAUUGACAAGGGUCUUAAUUUCCUGCAUAAAUAUAAAGAACAUCAAGCAAUUAUUGCCCCUGAUUUAAGCAUCAUAGCAACUUUAUGUCACAUUUUAGCUGCUUACUUAGAAUUUAUGACUUCACAUGGAGGUUUUGGAACUUUAGAUGAAAAAGACAGAGAUAGCAAACUGACUGUACAAGGAACAGAUGAUGACAUGACUAGUCGUAACUCCUCUUCUACCACUGGAUCCAAGAUGAGAAAUAAACUGUUUAAAAAGCAUGUUAAGAUCAUAGAUGACCUAGAGCCUAAAGAUCUAUUUGAACCAACCCAUUCUAAAGGGCCAGAUAAGAAGAAAUUUUAUCUUGAACAACAUCCAAAUCAACUGACCAAUCUUCUUGGAAAACUCUUUGUCUUUGCCUACACUUGGAGCAUUGGGGGUGUGCUCAAGAGGAGAGAAUUUAUGGAUGAAGAUGACAGCAGCAUCAGGAGGUCAGGAACAGUGGUUGACAAGGUGGACAUCAACAAUGAGUUUGACAACUUUGCCAGAGAGCUCUUUGAUGUUGAGCCACCAUUAGGUGUCAGAUUGCCAGCAGGAAAUCGAAGCAUCUAUGGUUACUUUGUUGACUUGGAAGGAGGAGGCUUUGUUCCAUGGGAUGUCCUCAUUCCCAGCACCAAGUCAUUGAUUGAAAGAGGAGCAGUGAUUACUAUUGGUGAAACUUUAGGUGUAGUGUCUGACAAGAAGAAGAAUGAGCUAAAGGAAGCUGAGAUCAUCCCAACAGUUGAUAUCGUCAGAUUUACAUUCCUGACAAGCCUUCUUUUAAUGAACAAACACCCUGUACUUUUAUCUGGUGAUUCUGGGGUUGGAAAAACUGCUAUCAUUAGUCACUUAUUGAAAGAGUUGGAGAAGGAUGGUGGCACAUCUGUUGACAAGUCACAAACUAUAUUAGGGUCAGUGCUGCAGUACUCUGAAAAACAAUCUCAUCUACUGGACAACCUCAGCAAUUUAUCCUUUCAGAAUGAAACAGAGGAUGCCACUAUUGAUAUUUUAUCCGGUGCCAAAGGGAGGCCAGUCGGAGUUCUCAGCACCAUGAUACAAUGCAGCGCCCAGACAACUGCUAAAAGAAUUCAAGCUCAAAUUCUGUUGAAACUCAUUAAGAAAAGCAGAUCAUCAAUGGGAGCACCUAAAGGCAGAAGGGUGAUUGUGUUCAUUGAUGACCUGAACAUGCCAGCACCAGAAGAAUAUGGAGCCCAGCCACCACUGGAACUGUUGAGACAAUUUUUGGAAAUGGGAGGAUUCUAUGAUACAAAGAAGAUGGUUUGGAAGGACAUACUUGAUGUAAAUGUUGUUGCAGCUUGUGGACCACCAGGUGGUGGCAGGAAUCCAACAACACCAAGGCUUCUAAAACAUUUCAGCUUGUUUACACUCCCCCAGCCAUCAACCAAAUCCCUGCAACAUAUUUAUCAAGUUCAACUUGGACGGUUUCUCCAAGAGGGAGAGUUCAUGCCAGAAGUGAUGGACAGUUUGUUUUCCAUUGUCUCAGCCAGUAUUGCUGUUUACUACAACAUGUGUGCUGUGAUGCUGCCCACACCUACAAAAUCUCAUUACACAUUCAAUAUUAGAGAUCUAUCCAAAGUAAUCCAAGGAAUGUUGCAGUCUCAUUCUUCAGUCAUAAUGGGUAAAGAAAAUUGUGCUCAACUUUUUGCCCAUGAAGCCACAAGAGUUUUUCAUGAUCGUCUCACCAAUCCAAUGGACAGAGAAACAUUUUUCCAAAUAUUAGCUGAUAACUUGCACGAUUAUUUUAAGAUGAGAUGGACUGCUGAGAAAUUAAUGGAAGAUUCUGUUUUGUUUGGAGACUUUUUUGAUAUGGCUGAGCACGGGUCACUCCACAGAGUGUACAGACCUCUGGCAGAUAAAAAUAAACUGGUUCGAGUUCUUGAAGAGUACCACAUGAGAAUGAAUAUGGGAGAAUUUACUGACCAACUUGUUUUUUUCAAAGAUGCUGUUGAACAUGUAGUGAGGGCUGCUAGAGUGUUCAGACAACCAGGGGGACAUCUUUUACUGGUUGGCAUUGAUGGUACAGGCAAAUCAACUCUAGUUCACUUAGCUAGCUACAUUGCCAAUUGUGAAAUUUUUAGACUCAAGCUACAUAAUCAAUAUGGCAUGACAGAAUUUCAUGAUGACUUAAAAUCUUUAUUCAUGAAAGCUGGAGUCAAAGGAGUGCCUUCAGUAUUUUUGUUGACUGAUGCUGAUAUUGUCAAGGAAUCUUUCCUAGAGGACAUCAACUCCAUAUUGAACUCUGGAGAAGUUCCAGAUCUGUUUGACAAUGAGGAAAUGGAUGGUAUCACAAUGGAACUGAAAUCUGCUGCUACUGAGGCAGGCAUCCCAGACACCAGAGCUUCAGUGUACUCUUACUUCACACAACAGAUAAGGAAGAAACUCCAUGUUGUCUUGACAAUGAGUCCAGCAGGAGAAAAGUUUCGCCAACGUUGCCGAAUGAAUCCAGCACUAAUUAACUGCUGCACUAUAGACUGGUUUGAUGAAUGGUCUGAUGAAGCCAUGUUGAGUGUUGCUAAAGUUUUCUUUGCUAAUACUGAGUUCAUUGUUGAUGAGAUACAUUAUGACAUAAUAGAGCUGAAAGAAAAAGUUGCUCACAUCUGUGUUGGAAUCCAUAAAACUAUAUCAGAAAUGAGUGGCAGAUACUGGGAAGAGGCCAGACGCAGAUAUUACUCUACGCCAAGCUCUUACAUGGAACUUAUCAAACUCUACUCUCGCAUGUUGAAAGAAAAUAAAGAUGAGUUCAUGAAUAAUAAGGGCCGCCUACAGACAGGCUUGCAAACUUUGACCAAUGCAUAUGCCAUGGCUGGGUCCAUGCAGGAAGAGUUAGUUUCUCUUGGUCCAAUCAUUGAAGCCAAAGCCAAGGAUACAGACAUUUUACUUCAGCAACUAGAGGAAGAUAGACAAGCUGCCAAAGAGGUUGAGGAAAUAGUAUCUCAAGAAGAAAGCAUCAUGGCCAAAGAAAUGAAAAUUGUGCAAGAUUAUGCUGAUGAAUGUGAAACAGAUCUGGCCUCUGUGUUACCAGUAUUGAGAGAUGCAGUAGCGUCCUUAGAGACAUUAGAUAAAGCCUCUAUAUCUGAAAUAAGGGUAUACGCAAGACCACCACAGUUAGUGUCCACUGUUAUAUCUGCAGUCUGUGUUUUGUUCCAGAAAAAAACUGAUUGGGCUACUGGAAAGUUAUUUUUAGGUGAUCCCCAGUUCCUCAAACUGUUGUUGACAUAUGACAGAAAUAAUCAACCAGAAAAGGUAUUUGCUAAGUUAAAGAAGUAUACUAAAGAUCCAAACUUCAAUCCUGAGGCUGUUGGUAAAGUUUCAUUGGCCUGCAAAUGCAUCUGUCGAUGGGUUUUAGCCAUUGACAACUACAAUACUGUAUAUAAGAUGGUUAAACCAAAACAAAGGAGAGUUCAAGAUGCUAGAGAAGCCUUGCAACUAGCACAAGAGAGUUUGGCCAAGAAACAAAACAGUUUGAAAAAGAUUCAAGCUCAUCUCCAAAUGAUCCAGCAACAGUACCAGGAGAGCGUUGAUCAGAGAGAGGCUCUGAAAGAAAGGAGAAGAGUUACUGGCAUCAGACUUGAAAGAGCCUCAAUCUUGAUUUCUGCUCUGGCCGAUGAAGAGGUCCGCUGGGCACAGUCAGUCAAACUUUUAGAUAUUAAACUAGAAGGCAUCAUUGGUGAUACCUUGGUGUCAGCAGCAGCAGUGGCUUACUUGGGGCCUUUCACUGCACACUACCGAAAUAUUUUGGUGGAGAAUUGGAUUAGAAUGUGUGUAGAGAAAGAUGUUCCCAUUUCCAAAGAUUUUGAUAUUAUCAAAUGCAUGAUGGAUGCCAACCAGGUUAUGAAGUGGCACAACAAUGGACUACCCAGAGAUAAACUGUCAACUGAAAAUGCUACUUUUGUCAGCAGAGCUCGCAAAUGGCCAUUAUUUAUUGAUCCACAGGGUCAAGCUAGCAGGUGGAUCAGAGAAAUGGAGAAAGGUCGUCUUAAAGUUGUGACUGGAUCAGAAGUAAAUUUAAUGCGUACCAUUGAAACUGCUAUCAAAGUCGGUGAUCCUGUCCUUAUUGUGGAUGUUGGGGAAGAAUUAGAUCCAGCGUUGAGACCUGUCCUGCUGCAAGAAACAUAUCACAAAGGAAGUCAGAUUGUCAUAAAGAUUGGUGAUGUUGAAAUAGAAUACAAUGAAAAUUUUAGACUGUACUUGGCAACCUCCUUGGCCAAUCCUCAUUAUUUACCUGGCAUCUACCUACAAGUGAAUGUAAUCAACUUUACAGUUACUUUUGAUGGCCUGCAGGAACAGUUACUCUCAGUUGUUGUGAAACAGGAAAGACCACUCUUAGAGAAACAAAGAACUCAACUUUUAGAGAGUAUUGCUAAUGAUAAACAAACACUGAGAGAUUUAGAGGACAAAUCACUUUCUAUGUUGCACAGUACUGAAGGCCACCUACUUGAUGAUCAAGAUUUGGUACAAACACUUCAAGAUAGCAAGACAAAGUCUCAGGAAAUCUAUCUUAGAGUUGCUGAAUCUGAAGAGACUGAAAAAAAUCUGAAUAUAGCUCGUAAAAGAUAUUUGCCUGUUGCCACCAGAGGCUCUGUCAUUUAUUUUGUGAUAGCUGAGUUGGCCAACAUUGAUGUUAUGUAUCAGUAUUCACUCACUUGGUUCCAGUCCAUGUUUUCCACUUGCAUCACAGAGAGCAUUCAGGAGUCUAGGACUACGUUCAGUCACCAGACAUUUGCUAGUGGUGUACUCAGACCUUCUAGUGCUAAAAGUAUCAAGUCAAUGCACAACAGUGAGAGCCAAGAAGGUGAUCUUGAUGAUCAGAGUGAUCCUGACAGCUCGGCUUCUCUAAUGGAACACUUGACCAACAUGAUAGAGCGUCUUACUUACAACAUUUAUAGAAUUGUAUCUGUUGGGCUAUUCUCAAACCACCAGCUGACCUUUUCUUUCAUGCUGUGUUCUAGCAUCAUGAGGGCCAACACCAAAACAGAGAAUACAUCUCUGAGGAUAGAAGGGAUUCAAGACAAUGAAUGGUAUUUAUUUCUCCAUGGCAAUGUUGCUGCAGCAUUAAAAAGUCAAGAUAGAGAGGAUAAAAAAGAAAGCUCAGAUUUGAGUAAGAGCUUGGAUUUAGGAGAGAACACAGAGGAAAAGGCAGAUACUAAAGAAUUAAAACCAACCUCUGCAUAUAAAAAAAUCAUCCCCAGCUGGAUCUCAGAGUCUGUAUGGAGACAGUGUCAAUUUUUAGAAGCCACACUGGAAAACUUUAGUCAGCUGUGUUUGAGUCUAACAGACAAUGAUCAACAAUGGGAGCUAUUUAGAAAUGCUGAGAAUGUCUUUGAGCUUGUCAGAGAACCUUUUGUCUCCGUUUCUGUUUUAGAAAAACCUGGCACUGUUUUUGAAUGGCAAAAACUGACCAAAUUCCAGUGUUUGAUUCUGAUUAAGACUUUGAGAUUAGACAUUCUUCCAGCAUCUCUCUCUCUGUUUAUCAAAGAUCAGCUUGGAUCUACGUAUGUAGCCACUGGUACAUUUGACCUGCGGGAUGUGUACAACGAGUCCAUGGCUAAGUCCCCAAUGAUAUUUAUCCUAUCUCCAGGAUGUGAUCCAUCCUCCCAGCUACUCAGAUUUGCCAAAGAACUUCGAGGAAGCAUUCUUCAUCUUGAUAUGAUCUCCCUUGGCAGAGGUCAAGGACCAAAGGCUGAGGAGCUUAUCUCUAAAGCCCAGAUUCUGAAAGGAAGAUGGGUAUUCUUGCAGAACUGUCACUUGGCUGCUUCAUGGAUGCCCAGACUUCAAUCAAUAGUUGAAAGAUUCAACCAGGGAAAUGAUGAAAAUCUUGAUCCUCAGUUUAGACUUUGGUUAAGUUCUCGACCAGAUCCAUCAUUUCCAGUAUCUAUUCUACAAUAUGGACUUAAGAUGACAGUGGAAGCCCCUCAAGGACUUAAGGCCAAUCUUCUUCGAACGUUUGGAAGCUCAGGUGCUGGAGUUGUAUCCGAAAAUAUGUAUGACAAAGGGUCAACCAAGUUGGCUUGGCGCCCACUUCUGUUUGGGCUUUGUCUCUUCAACAGCGUCAUACAUGAGAGAAAAAAAUAUGGUACUUUGGGAUGGAACAUACCAUAUGAAUUUAAUGACUCUGACUUAGAGGUGUCUAUAUUAAAGCUUCAAAUGUUGUUAGAGGAGCAAGAUGAUAUUCCUUGGGCUGCUCUGAACUAUCUGACAGGGGAAGUUACCUAUGGUGGACGUGUAACUGAUGACUGGGACAGGAGGUGUCUUAUCUACCUUCUCAAUAAAUUCUACAAUAGAUCUCUCUUCCUACCUGGAUACAGCUAUGACUCUGCCAAUAUGUACCAUCCCAUGCCAGAGGAUACCAAGUUUGCCUCUGUUUUUUCCUUUAUUGAAGAGCUACCCAGUUAUGACAGGCCAGAUUUAUUUGGAAUGACUGACAAUGCUGAGAAAUCUUGCAAAGAAUUUCAGGCCAACAGUAUUAUAAAGACUAUCAUUAGUGUUCAGCCUCGUAGAGCAACUUCUAUAACUGGCUCACAAAAAAGUAAUGAUACAGCCGUCUUAGACUUAGCUGAGGAAAUAAGUCAACGUCUCCCUCUCUGUAUAGAAGACACAUCUAGGACACCCAACUCAGUAUUGAUGGAGCCACAAAGGUCACUUAUAUCUAUUCUACAGAGAGAUGUGGACACCAAAGGAUUAGAUAAGGAGAAAUUUAAAAUUCUAGAGUCUUUGACAGCCAAGCUGGCAGGUAAUUCAGCUUUACUAACUAUUCUGAGACAAGAAAUUGAUCGCUUUAACCACUUGCUGUCUGUCAUUCAAAUAUCUUUGACCCAGCUGACACUAGCCAUCAAAGGAGAGAUUGUGAUGUCAGAACAAUUAGAAGAUGCCUAUGAUGCUCUCCUAACACAGCGCAUACCAUCCCAAUGGAAAAAUGCUGCCUAUGAGUCUGCUAAAUCUUUGUCAUCAUGGGUGACAGACUUGCACAAGAGAGUUUUAUUUUUUGCUGGCUGGGCCAAAUUAUUGUCAUCUACUAUUGAAAAGAAAUUCAAGCAAACUAUUCGCAGUGCCAAAGAUACUUCAGUGGAGGUAGAAGUCCCUGCUGUAACUGAGCCUAAUUAUUUCUGGCUGUCUGCAUUUUUUUUCCCUCAAGGGUUUUUAACUGCAAUUCUUCAGAAUCAUGCCCGCAAACUGGGAAUUUCAGUGGACUCACUUUCAUUUGGAUUUGAAAUUUUAAAAUAUUUGGCAGAGGAAGAUAAUUCCAUGACUUCUAGUGACAAAGAGUUAAUGCUUGUGAUGAGCCCUCCAGAAAAUGGUGUAUUAAUAUCAGGUCUGUUUUUGGAUGGGGCUCGUUGGGAUACAAAAAGCCACACUCUUCAAGACUGUAACUCCAAUACAAGAUUUUUUCCAUUACCACUUAUACACUUUGAACCAAAAGAGCUACAGAAUACAGAAGUUACAGUGUCACCCAGUUUGGUCUAUGACACAGAAGUAACCAAGUCCCCCAAUUUAGAUGCAGAAGUGAACACAUCAUCCAAUACAGGUCAAGACACAGAAGUGAUCAGGUCAUCUAAUUCAGGUCAAGAAGCGGCCAGGUCAUCCAGUUUGAUUCUAGAAGCGGAAGUGAUUAAGUCACUAAAUUUAGUGGAAAAAACAGAUCAAAGUCCACCCACUCCAGCUCCAGAAAUACAGUCCUCACAAUUUAGCUAUGAGUGUCCACUCUACAGGACUUCAGCAAGAGCUGGCACACUGUCUUCCACAGGACACUCCACUAACUUUGUUACCUCUAUCACACUGCCGUCAGAACAGUCUUCUGAUUUUUGGACCCUCCGUGGAGUGGCCAUACUUUGUCAGCUAGAUGACUAAUUUUAUUUUUUUGCACAACAUGAAAUCUACAAUUUUUGUCAGUGGUAUAACUGCUUUGUAAGUUGCCAUUUAAUAUUUAUAUCAUUUUCAAAUAUUAUAUAUAUAUAUUGUAAAAUAUCUUUGAAGCCUUCUAAACUUGCCUAAAGUUGCUCAGCACAUUUUAGCAACUGUAGAAUCAUGGGUGAUCUAAAUAUUUUUUCUUACUACAAUUAUAACAUCUAGAUUCAUUAAAUAUUGUUAUAUAUAUAUAUAAAUAUAUAUAUAUAGAGAGAGAGUAUUCAAGUAUUUAUGAAGGCAAUAAAAAAAUGUUCUUGAUUUUAUAUAGCCCUAUAUAUAUUUUAUUGCCUACAUAAAAACUUGAAGAUAUCAUCUCUACUUAUACAAAUGUAUAUCUAUGUAUGGGUAGAUAUUUCAUCAUUAGAUUGGAAUUCAAACAUCUGUGAACCAAUUUACUUUUAGGUAAGUGUUGAUUGAAUUCGUUCUUAUGUCUUUUUCCAUGAAAUAAGACAAAUUUGAUGUCACCAAAUAUCUAUUAGUAUUAAUAAAUAUCUAUAAUUUACUUUUUUGAUAUUGACAAGUUCAAAUUGUUAAGCACAAAAACACCCUAAUAAAUACAGAUGAUGGUAAUCUCAACUAAUAUAUUUAGCAUCACUUCAUUAGUAAUCUCAACCUUGAAAUAUAUAAUCAUGCUGCUAUUACUUGUAUUUUAUUUCUAUUUCAAGCUGUGAUAUAAUUAUAAUUGUGAUAAUUAUAUUCGUGCUGUGAUUACAACUAUUUCUACAUUUGAAACAGAAAAUAUUCUGUAGGUCUAUAGUUAGUCAUAUAUUAAUAACAUUUGAUUCUCAGUCAAUUCAUUUUUGAGUGUUUAAUAAUUCACUUUGUCUAGCAAUGAACACCUGUUUGGGAUUAUGUACAUAUUGGAAUAUUUUAUACAUUACAUAAAUGCACAUCUGCAUUAAAGUUUCCCUAUUAGACCUUGCAGUCUAUGGAAGCAGAUGAUGUUAAGGUCAUCUGUUUCUGUGCAUCUGUUUCUGUGGCCAAUGGUUAAUGAGCAGAUUGUCAUGUGGCCAGCACAAUGACCAACCGCCUUUACUUUCCCCAACUAAAGUCAGGUACCUAUUAGAGUUGGGUGGACUCAUGGGCACCCUAAAAUUCCUGAAUUUCAAAACCCCAGUUUUCACCAAGAUCCCCAGGUUUAGAAGCCAAGCCCUACAUUUGCAUUAGUAUUGGAUAAAAGCAAUAAUGGAGUCUUUCUAAAUCUUCACUUCCUAGUGUAUAAUAAUAAUAAUAAUUAGAGUGAAUGUUGUUUUAUUUUGACUGAAAGUUUCAUAAUUAUAAACUGUAUAGCAAGACACACACAAACACUUUGUAAGAUAAACAAGUUUGUCAAAAGUAACAAACUAUAAUUGCAUGGGGUGCAUUUUUGGUUUGCACAAUGCAAAAAUAAAAGUUUUUUAAAGAUUUUCAUGUCACAAAAUAUUAUGUGUUGCAACAAUGAAUAGAUUUCUGGCCUUUCUUUCCAAUGUUGAAAUUAAAAAUCAAUUUAAAGUCA